AUGGCUGCUCUGUGUGCUGGGAGCUACGGAUUGUCACAGCAAGGCAGCCUGAACGAUGAGAACAAGGAGCUGAUUUUCGUCAAGCUGACCGAUUCGGCGCUGCGAGCGAUCGAGGAAUUUCAACGCACCCAGGCAAAAUUAGGCACUUCCCACAACCCAUCGAUACAGUUUCUGCAGAAUGGGCAAGGCUUUCUAUCGUUUCCAUCCGGCGGCAACAAUGUGCAGAAGUUUAACUUCUCCAUCACCGACAUCGACACCGGUUCGAUUGAGUGCAUUCAGCAGGCCCAGGGCCAGCUACAAAAUAUGGGCCAUAUUCCGCACAAAAUGCGGAUACACGCGAACGACGAUGUGUACGAAACGACGAGGCAUCGACUGGCGGCCGCCGAGGAAAAUCAAAAGAACAAAUGCACUAGGGAAAUCAAACCUAAUCAAACCGAUAUUGGGCGCAAAGUGAAGUUAAAAAACCCAGCCAUCCGUAACAUUCCUAGUAGUAAUGCAGCAGUUGUAAACAAACGUGAUUCUAUCUAUAGCAACAAUACUGUGAAUAAGUCAUCCUCCGUAGCAGCAAGCCAGCUAUCAUCUAAUAAUAGUGUUAAUAAUUAUAACAACUUAGCAACAUCACCAAAACUAGUUAAAACGAACGGUCUGCACCAGUCGUCCCAACAGCAACAGCCGCCUCAGCAGCAACAGCAACCGCAACAACAGCAGCAACCGCAACAGAAUAAUCAAUCGCAACAACCAACUCAGUUGCUUCCGGUGCAGCCAAAGCCCGGCUAUCAGCAUACCGUGCACGAUCCACCUCAUACGCAGCAGCAGCAACCCCAGCAGCAGAAGCUGUCGGAAAAUGGGAACGUCCAAAAUAGGGUAGCUAAUGGGCGCAAGACUGCAAAUGCCGAUUACAUGAAGUGUAACAUAAAAGAGCGUCUCAUCCAUAUGCUAGCAUUGAAGCCAUACAAGCGGCCGGAGUUGGUUGUGAAAUUGCAGCAAGAUGGUGUGCGCAAGGAAGAGAUGAAAUGUACUCAGCAAAUACUAAAAACCAUAUCCAGCAGUCGAGAUGGUGUGCUUAUACUGCAUCGGAAUAUUUGGAACGAGGUGCAGGACGAUUGGCCUUUUUACUCGGAACAGGACCGACAGGCCGUCAAGCGGAGAAGGCCUCAAAAUUUGACGCCUCCGCUUAGCUCCGAUGGUGGCUCGUCGACUUCCGGUCAGAGCCCUUCCAGUACACACAACGGGAACAGUCCACAAUCGGGUACCAAACGAACUGUUCUGGCCGGUAGUGAAGAAAUCGGCUCAACACCCACAUCCAAAAAGCAACGCAUCAGUCAUUACAAGAAAGAUACCAAUUCGGAUCAUACGAGUAGGCGCGGCAUUACAGAUUCCAGAGACAGUAGUAAUAUGAAUCCACGAUCGAGGGAACAAGAUGAUCACAACAACCACCACCACCACAACCACCACCAACAUCAUCAUCAUUCCAUACGUUCGUCGCACUAUUACGGACCUAAUCUAACGCCUAAUGCCCAGGAAUCGGAAGAUGGUGUUAGUUUGAGUUACUCACUCGUAUCGAACGAUGUUGCCAAACGGAUAGAAUCGUCAGUGUGUGAGACGGAAGCAGAACGGGAACCAUUCGAUACCGGCUAUCUGGACGGUGCGCAGCAGAUGAACGGCGGGGGAGAAGAUGAUUUUGUGAACCAAUUCACAAGGAUAACAUCAGUUGAGCAACGGCGUAGAUACAAGACUGAAUUUGACAACGAAUACAAGGAAUACCGGCGACUGCAUGAAGUGUUAGAGAAUGCUUCAAGGAAAUUUGCUCAGUACGAAGAUGAUCUGCUUCACGAACCGAAAGAUACGCAACGAUACAAGGAAAUUCAAAUGAAAAUUUUGAAAGAAUACGAGAAAAGUAUUAAAAAUGUUAAAUUUCAACAGGACAAAGAGCGGUUUAACUAUCUACACAAGAAAUUGUCCCAUAUCAAGCUACUCGUUCGUGAUUACGAUACUUCGUUAACCAACGGUUCGGGCAGGCCGCAGGAGAAUUACUGA